AUGAAUUUCGUAGUGCAGUUUUCGAAAUUUAGGCCCAUGAAACGCGAUGUGUCGCUGAAAGCGCAGAUAAAUGAACGCGUUGCCAACGAAAGCAUGAGACUUAUGCGUGUAGGGUGUGUACGGCAUCACCUUCUAUUGCCUCCCAACGUACUCCGACGCCCACAAGCAGACGGAAAACCACCAUGUAUUACGAUUCUAUGUAGGCGCAAAAUCUCGAUUAUUGUGUCAGUUUUAGCUGUGUUGCAAUUGCGCGCGGGGCAGCCUUCGGCUCAAGGGGCAGGUAACGCGGGUUGUCGGCGUUUCCUUCGUCUUGCCUGCCCAAGUUACUACUGCCCUCAGACGGCGCAUCACUUCGUGUAUAUGGACCGCCCCGAAACAACGCCUGUAACAUCGACAUGUGCCUACCCUUUAAUGGCUCAUCACAAACUCGAUUUCUAA